GAAGGCUCGAUGAACACCUGGUGGGCUUCCAGCAUGGAUCCAUCUCGUGAAGCUGCUUGUUCUUCAUCAGGCAUCGCCGGGAAUCCUCCGUUCUGGACGUGCAAAAUUCGAUCCAUUUCUUUACGCCAUUCGAUGAGUUUCACGAGAUCAUCGCCAACAGCAUGCGCGACAUGCUCCGAUAUACUGGGCUCGACACUCCAAUCCAGCGCUUCUCCAGUUGGGAAGAUUUUCGUCAGUCUGGCAAUUUCGAGUGCCAUUUGCCCAUGUGAGUUUUCACGUGCAGACAUCUGGCCGUUUAUCAGCGCUUGCACGCUCUCUUCUGUGAUGUAUGCGUCUCGCUCUGGCACUUCGC